AUGAGACUGGUCGAGAACCCCGACGCAAACUUUUACACGUACCCAUUGUCGCUGUGCACAGAGAUAUCGUCUCGCGAGGACAUCAUCUGCCGUCCGCAGCAGACGAGCGCCUCCGAACCACAGGCAAGCCGUUUGACAGGCAAAAGAUUCACCGUCAUCAUCGAGCGAGUACUAUCCCAGCCUCCGGCCGCCGCCACGCACCACCACGAAGCCGUACCCGCAAAAGGGCGCCUUUUGGGCAACGACGGGCACGCCAACUCCCUGCAGGUCGACGACGCCCUCGUCCACAACCACUUUGGCGUCUGGUCGGACGUCGCCAAGAACCGAGUCUUCAAGAUUGUCAACGAAGGCAAGACCAACGGCGUGGCUCAGACGCCGGUCAGGUUCAAGCUAGUCCCCUGCUACAGCCAGCUUCUCCUUGCGUACGCAGUGUGGGUGACGAGAUACCAUGACGACGAGCUGUUUCCCGCAGGGCGGUACACGAUGCGGUCGCGCGGAGGGGAGGACCUGGCGUCCAUGAUUGCGAAGACAAGUGCCUGGGGGACGGCUGCUCGUCGAUGA